CCUGGCUGGAGGGAUGUCUGCGGAUGAGGUGUACGUCCUGCGGCCCUUCAAGCUCAUCGCGCUCUGCUGCAUCUUCAUUGCCUUGGCGCUGGACGUGGUGGCCCUGCUGAGCCCUGCCUGGGUCACCUCGGACUACUACUCGCUGUCCUUAUGGGAAGUGUGCAAGCAGCCCAGCGACAUGUGGCACUGCCUGUCCACCCUCAAGACAGACUGGCAAGUGGCUACACUGGUGUUAAUUCUGGCAGCAGCUACGAUCGCGCUCCUGUCCUUCCUCAUCUCUCUGAUCUCGUUCUGCUUGGAGAUCUACUGGCAGUACUACAGAGUGGUCGCUGUUCUGCUUUUUGCUGCAGUGGUGCUGCAGAUCUGUGCCCUGAUUCUCUAUCCCAUCAAGUUUGUCGACAGUAGCAUGCUGAGGAGUUACCACGAAUUCAACUGGGGCUAUGGCCUGGGCUGGGGAUCUGCCAUCUUCAUGCUGGGCGCCGCCAUCCUCUACUGCCUACGCACAGACACUUACGAGGGUGCCUUGUACUAG